AUGUGUCCCAUAAGAAUAAAGAUUCUUACUAAAAUGGCUCCUUCCACUGAUUGGGAUGAAAUAAAACGUUUAGCAGCAGAUUUUCAAAAAGCUCAAUUGAGCACAACAGCUCAAAGACUUUCAGAGCGGAAUUGUAUUGAAAUUGUGUCCAAACUAAUAGAACUAAAGUUAAUAGAUGUUAUUUUUACAAUUGAUGGAAAAGAGUAUUUAACACCACAGCAAUUAAUAAGGGAAAUAAAAGAUGAAUUAUAUGUUCGUGGGGGUAGAGUUAAUACAGUAGACCUUGCUAAAGAGUUGAAUGUUGAUCUAAACCAGAUUAACUUAAAUGUGACUGAAAUAAUCAAAGGAAAAGAAGUGCAAUUAGUUUCAGGAUCUUUAAUUGCUCACUAUUAUUUGGAAAAAAUAGCCAGAGAGAUAAAUGAGAAGCUACAAUUACAGGGUCAAAUUUCUGUUGGUGAUUUGACAUUGCAAUAUGACUUGCCAGCAGAUCUCUUACAGCAUGGUAUAUUGGAAAAAUAUUUGGGUAAAAUUAUUAAUGGAAGGCAAGACCCUUCUGAUCCAAGAGUGUUCUAUACAGAAGAAUAUAUAAACAGGACUAAAGCUAAGAUACGAGGAGCUUUAAUGGGUCUCUUAAAACCCACACCUAUUAAUUUAAUUUUAAGCCAUUGUAAUUUAACAGAAAGGCUAUUUAUGUAUUUGUUUGAUCAGUUAAAUGCUCCCGGGGUUCUAACCGGAAGACAGUCGGGGGCUCUUUAUGUUCCAUCUUGUUAUACGAAAUCUCAAAAUGAUUGGGUUAUAAAUUUUUUCAAACAAAACAAUUACUUGGAGUAUGACGCUUUAACACGCUUGGGUAUAUCCGAUCCAAAGGGUUAUGUUAAGAGAGUUCUAUCAAAUGAGAAUAUCACAUUUUUAAGCAGUUGCACCAUUGGUUCUCAAAUAAAACAGCAAUUGGAAACUGCUUUAGAAGAAUGCAUUGCCUCAAAGAGUUAUCUUGAUGUAGUAUCUUUAUUACCGUCUGUAUUGUCAGAUGAAGAUAUUGAAAAUGUACUUGAUUCCCUUCUGAAAAAUAACAGCUCCACUAUGUUAUUUGAUAAAACAGUUUUCAGCAAUCAGUAUAUUGAAAAUCUUAAACAGGCCUGUUUGCCAUUAGCCCAAAAAAAUGCAGAGUCUGUGGUUAAAUCUGGCAAAUACCAACAGUUUUAUUUGGAGAAACAGCUAGUUAAAAAUGAGGCACAGCAGAGCCAUGUGGAUCAUAAAGCUGAAAGGCGUGAAGAACGUAGGAAGAAGGCCAGUUCAGGGAAAGGAGGUGGUGGAACACAGGGCAGAGAAACCAAAACAAAGGCAGUAAAAAAACAUCCGAGAUCCAAGCAAGUUGUCCAAGAUUCUGAUUCCGAUGAAGCACCAAGUGCAAAGAAAACACCAAGUCAACUUGAGAUAGUAAAAGUUGAAGACAUUGAGAAUAUAAUUAAAGAACCACUUGAAAAUGAAGGUCUUGAUGACUUGGUAACCCCAAUCUCUGAAUAUAUUCAAGGACAUCUCAAUCAAACGGCUUUGGCAAUAGCUAAAGAUCUCUCUGAAAAGUUACUCCAGGAUGCCAAUCAGAACAGGAAACAGACUCAUUCUUCUGCUCAAGAUAAAAUCAAUAUUCUUGUCAAUGAUAUAAAGUUAUAUGAAAAGGGGUUAAAAUUGUUUCCUAGCGACCAACAGGUGCAGUUUAUAAAAUAUCUCUUGAAAUCUUUUGGUGGUGAUGUUCUAUCAGAAUUUUGCAAGUAUGCAGCAAACCAGAGCAAUCUUUCUGUACCCGUGGAUAAUUUAUCAGUGGAACAGAGGAAUAAAAUUAUAAAUGAUUUACCAGAUGAUUAUAUGAAGCCAAUUCGUGCACUUAAUACCACCUUGUCUGAGCACAAUAUGGAACAGUUUUACCAAGCAGUUGAUGUGUGCUUGGCUGAAUGUGGUAUGAUUUUGAAAAAGGUUGAUAAGAAGAAAGACAGACUUCUGGUUCAGAACCAUAGAGAAAAAUUGAUUUCUGAAAUAGAAAACUGUGAUGAGCCUGCAUUGGUACUACAUCUUGUGGUAUUAGUUUUGUUUACUGUGUUGUCUCAGAACAUGCUACAUGCAUCUGGAAGGCAGGUCCCCUUGAUAAUAGCUUUCUUGAAAUCACAACUGAAGGAUGAAGAUUUCGAUAAAGUUCAGAAAUAUCAUGAAUUGGUUGCAAAGUAUUUAACUGCUGCAGAUGAUGAAAAAGAGACAAUUGAAGAAAAACUAAGGGAAGAUUUACCUCUUCUGAAGUCAUUAGUUGCAGAAGUAAAAAAAUAUAAGUGA